UCUCAUUUCUGCUGCCAAUUUCAGUCGUUGUGAGCAACUCGUGCGCGUUGGACGUGUUUUUGAAUUUUUUAACGCUCAUUUUUUCCCUCCCUCCUCUAAAGGCGAAUCCGAAGUUGUUUGAACGUGAGUUACACCUGUACAUAUGUGCGAGUCGCAGGUGAAGUGCAGUGACGUGCAGUGAAGAUGGACGUCAAGGACAUAAAAGGCGCCAAGGUGACGCACCCGGGACUGCUGAAGCACAAUUCCGAUGGCAGCACCGAAACGCAAAAGAUCACCCACGCCGGUUUGGUUGCCCGGAGUCCCGAGGGCACCGCCGCCAAGGGCAUGAACAUCCGGGGCAACGAGGAUCUGUGGGUGGAGAUCCAGGCGAAUACAUUCCGCAAUUGGGUCAACGAGCAUUUGCGCGAAACGGGAAUGCAGGUUCAUGACUGGGCCACGGAUUUCUGCGAUGGCACCUGCCUCUGCGCUCUUGUGGAGAACCUCCAGACGCGUCCCUUGAAACCCUCGUGGAAUCGCCGACCCGCCAACCAGCAUCAUUAUCUGGAGAACGCCACCACGGCGCUGAAAUCCAUUGAGGCAGAUCACAUCAAGCUGGUGAACAUCGGCAAUGUGGAUAUUGUCAAUGGGAAUAUAAAGCUAAUCCUGGGAUUGAUCUGGUCCCUGAUUGUACGCUAUCAGAUCGGACGCAGUAAGUUCCCGCCAAGGAAACUAAUGCUGGCAUGGCUGCAGGCCGCUCUGCCGGACUGUAGGAUUACCAAUCUGACCACCGAUUGGAAUAGUGGCGUCAAUCUGGCGGCUCUGCUGGACUACUGCCAGCCGGGAUUGUUUCCGCACUGGCGUAGUCUCGAUCCCAACCAGAGUGUGCGAAAUUGCACCCAGGCCAUGGACUUGGCACAGCGCGAGUUUGGUGUCCCCAAGGUCCUGGAACCGGAGUAUCUGGCUUCACCUUGGUUGGAUGAGCUGUCGGGCAUGACGUACCUCUCGUACUUUAUGAAGCCUGGCGGUCCUGGCUACAAUGCCACCAUGCGGUGGGUUAAUACUCAGGUUAAGGAUUCUGUCAAGAACUUCACGACCGAUUGGAACGAUGGCCGCGUAAUGUGCGAAAUUAUUAAGGGACUGGGUGGGUCGGCGCCUGCACCGGAAAAGCUCAGCACCGAUCCCUUCCACUACGAAAAUAAUAUUCGCAAGGCGGUGGACGCCGGUGCCCGGCUGGGUGUGCAGCCCAUCCUGACGGCCAAGGACAUGGCCAACCCGGAAGUGGAGCAUCUGGGCAUCAUGGCCUACGCGGCCCACCUGCAGUGGGUUCCACCAAGGCCACCGCUAUCGGACCUGGUCAGCGUCUACCUGGAAAGCACAUCCGGUCGGGUGGGCGAACCGACCCACUUCCGUAUCGAUGUGAUGUCCCGGGAUAUAAGCCUGAGCUCAGUACGCUGCCAUGUGGUCCCUCCUUCCGGACAACCAGGACAACCUGUGCGACUCAAUGCCCAUGGCGAAGGAGUCUUUGUUCCGGAGCGAUAUGGAAUGCAUGAGAUUGUGGUGGAGAUCGGCGAGGACAGCUUGGGUGGGCACUUCUUCCGUGCCCUGCCCCGCUUGAUGCAAGUGGCUCCACCGGGAAUGGCACCCUGUGCCUUGGGUAGUCUCGUCGAGGUGCUGGUUAAUGCUACCGGUGCACCCAAGACGGAAGACAUCCUGGUCACUGCUGUCUCGCCCACGGGCAUCUCGCAUAACUGUGCGCUGAAGAAGAUCGACGAGGGUCACAGUGCCAUAUUCAAGCCGGACGAGGCGGGCAUCUGGGAGAUUGCCAUCACCUACCAGGGUCGCCACAUCCAAGGGGGACCCUUCACCUGUGCCGUGUUCGAUGCUUCUGGAGUUUCCGUUCACGGAUUGGAUGGGGCCAUGCCGCUGAGGGCGCAUACCUUCGAGGUGGAUGCUCGAGGAGUGGGUGUAUCAGGAGAACUCCAUGUAGACAUUGUUCAUGACAAGCAUUCGCUGGUCUGUUCUGUGGAGAAGAUUGUAGAGAACAAGUACCGGGUAACAUUCAUGCCCAGGCAGAAUGGUAAAUACCGGGUGUACAUCUACUUCAAUGGCUACGAUGUCAAGGGUUCGCCAUUCAUCAUGCGUGUGGGCACCAAGGGAAGAUCUGGGAAAACGCGAAGCAGCCCGCUGCACGAUAGCAAACACCGUUCGGAGAGCCCUUCGAUGCACUUCAUCUCGACCACGAAUACCCGGCAUAAUGAUUAUCGAAACUCCUCCCUUUCGAGGCACAAUACGGCGGAGAGGACCAACAGCUACUCACCGCAAUACUCGCCCAAAUUGGAUACCACAGACUAUCACAGUUCGAGUUCCAGGUACUAUAAGCGGGAGAGCGAGGAGAACCACGCCACACCGCCGCCAGCUCCCCCUCCAGUUAGUAGUUCACCCACGGUCAAGUAUCUUAACUCGGCCGAUCUUUAUACGGAAACUCUAAACGGGCGACGUGAUUCAAAGACCUCGAACAGCAGCUCUACGAAGAACGACUACUACUAUGACAAGGAGAACGAGCUGUACAGUCAGCGACGUGGAGUGACCAAGCCCAAGCUAACACCGCCACGCGAGGAGCGUGAGUUGAGCAGCAGCAUCAAUACCAGCAGCAGCAGCAGCUUCCAACAGCAGCGGCACCAGCAACUGGCCACCAGUACCCUGACCAGAUCGCUUAGUCCAAUACCUAGUCCCACACUCAAUACCCGAUCCAGCGAGCUGCAUACCCACAGCCCGUUGACCAUCAAGACGUCCAACCAGUACGAAAGUUCUACGCGAAAUAUCACCAGCAGUCCACGACACGCCUCUGUUUCCCCCGUGCAACGUUAUUCCCCCAAUAGUGCCUACAUUACCACGGCCACCCAUCGGAUGGGUAGUCCCUUGACCAGCCCAGUGACCAAGAAUGGCUACGAAUCGUCGCGAACUGUGGAAAAGUCUUCGACCUACAAGUCCACCUCGAACUAUGUUACCGACUCGAAUGUUCGUGCCAGUCCCUCCCUUUAUGGAACAGCUGAGCGACUGCGUCGAACUGGAUCGCCGGAGCCGCGUAUCGACCACUCCUCCAAUGUGAGAGUGUCCUCGAUGAAGCCGGCUUCCGCCAGGCGUGACAGCUGGGACGUCAUCAACAAGACGAAGCAUAUGCUCUCGCACAAUUCGCUCGAAUCGCUGGCGAACAUGACCGAGAAGCAGCUGAAUACGGAACUGCAGUACAACAGGCCGGAUUUGGACCACGAGACGCACCGGAACACCCAGUACAACAAGUUCGCUUUGCAUAAGCAGCAGCAGCAGCAGUCGGACUAUCGCCGGGAUUCCCCCGAUGAUGGAGAGCGCUACAAACCCAGUGCCAUUACAGUCAAGUCACAUUCGAACAAUACUUACACGGACAAGUCCGGCGGAUAUACGAAAACCGUGAAAGAGUCCAGCGAGCAUGUGGUUACCGAGAGCAAUGGCCAUGGUCCUUCUCCGGGUUAUGGUUAUAGCUCACUCUCUAGGUUUCGACCGAUAGAUAGCAACGCCACUGGUGCCAGGGCUAUUCGGGUGCAGGAUAUUCCGAAUGGCUCCAUUGGACGUCCCGUCGAGUUCGAGAUCGAUGGCUCGAAGGCGGGUUCUGGCAAUCUGGAGAUCCUGGUCAACGGCGGGCGCGUCACCUCCUCGGUCCGCUCGCUGGGAGGUCAAAGGUUCAUUGCCAGCUUCACGCCCCACGAACAUGGAACGCACACGGUGCAGAUCACCUUCAAUGGCGAAACAGUUCCAGGUUCACCGUGGCACGCUGAAAUCAUGUCCUCACCCGGCCUGACCGCUCUGGGCGAAUCCACUCGCCUGGUACCCGCCAAUACGCCGGCGGUUUUUGAGAUACUGCCGCCUCCUGGACAAAGCCUAAGUAAGGGCGAGUGCGUGGCUACGGUUCUGACUCCUAGCAAGUCAAAGCUGAACGCCAGAGUCACCCAUGAGGCGGCAAAUGGUGCUGCUCGCAUCGAGUUCGUGCCCACCGAGGUGGGCACCCACGUAAUCGAUGCGUCUAUCAACGGCACGAAGAUCGCUGGCGGCCCGCUGAUCGCCAAGGUCUACGACUCCAGCCUAAUCCAGGUGACGGAGGUGAAUGGCGGCGUGGUCGGUCAGCCGUGCCAGUUCCGCGUGGAUGCCAGCGCCGCCGGCGAAGGCCAGCUGGAGAUAUCCAUCAACGAGGGCGAGGUGCCCAAUCAUGUCCAGGUCGUGGGCGGUGGUCGGUGCCUGGUCUCCUUUACGCCGGAGCAAGCCAAGUCCCAUUUGAUUGACAUUAAGUUCAAUGGUGAAACGGUGCGCGGCUGUCCCUUUGUCUGCGCCGUGGCGGACACCUCGCGAGUGCUCCUCAAUCUCUCCAAUCUGGAGUUGAUCCCGGUCAACCGGCCCUCCUCCUUUCACAUCACCGUGAGCGGAGGCGGAGCCGCCGAGUUGGCUGUCAGUGUGCGCGGUCCCCAGGGCGAGUUGCCUGUCCGGGUGACUGGAGAUAUCCACGCUGGCUUCACGGCCGAAUUUACACCCACCACCGUUGGCGGCCAUUCGAUCAAUGUGGAGUACAACGGCUUUGCUGUGCAAGGUACCCCCUUCCUGGCCAAAUCCUACGAUGCCAGCAAGGUGGUGGUGGGAAGUGUCUCGCGAGGUACCAUGGGACGGCCGGUGCAGUUUACAGUGGAUGCGGGUGAUGCCGGUGAGGGCAACCUGGAGAUAACAAUUUCGGCCAAGGGACAGAACAUUCCCACGCAGGUGCAUCCGCAAGGCAGUGCAAGAUUUUCCGUUUCGUUUGUGCCGACUGAGUCGUGCGAGCACACGAUCAACGUGUCAUUCAAUAAAAUGCCCGUGCCCGGCUGUCCGAUUACGGUCAGCAUCAGCGGGGGCGUGGCCGGGCCCCAGGUGUCCCUUGGAGGACCUGGACCCGUGCAUCAGACCAAUUCUUUUGUAAUCAAUCACAAUGGCGGCCGUUUGGAGGACAUCGAGGUGAACGUGGAAGGACCUGCUGGCCAGUCGGUUCCCGCCCAAGUGCAUCAGUCCGCAGAUGGUGUCUUCAAGGCGGAGUUCGUGCCCAGAGUAGUUGGCGAGCAUCGAGUCAAUGUCACGGUCAAUGGAUUAGCCACCGCCGGAAGUCCAUAUGCAGCUAAGGUCUACGACGUCAGCGCCAUCAAGGUGAAGAAUGUUAGCAGUGGAACAGUGGGCAAGGCUGUCACUUUCCUCGUGGAGACAUCCCAGGCUGGACCAGGCAAUUUAGAAGUGACGGUUAAUGGAGGGCGGGUUCCAACCUCCGCCCAGGCUCAGGGUCAACACACCUAUGCCAUUAGCUUUACGCCCCGUGAAGCUGAGAGUCACACUGUGGAGCUUCGCUUCAAUAGCCAGGAUGUUCCCGGAUCGCCCUUCACCUGCCGCGUGGCAGCUGCUGCACAUAUCCAAUCACCAGAGACCAUGGACAAGGUCAGCGUGGGUCGCCUCUUUGAGUUCGUGGUAGAGUCAGACACCAAACCCACAGUUGAAGUUUUGGGUCCAGCCAGACGAAGUGUGCCCGUGAAGAUUGACCCACUGGGUUCGUCUACCCUGGGCUACAAUGUCAAGUUUGAGCCCAUGGAAGUGGGUGACCAUUCAGUGGAGGUUCGUUUGCCAGGUGGUGGCCAUGUGGAGGGCAGCCCUUUCCUGCUCAAAGCGUACUCCGCCGAGAAGGUUAUUGUCACGGAUAUACGUGCUGGCGUGGUUAACAAGAGUGUGAGCUUCGGUAUCAAUGCCUCUCAGGCGGGAGCUGGUAACCUUGAGAUCAUUGUGGCCGUCAAUGGCAAAAACGUACCCAACUUUGUCCAGUCCGAGGGCAAUGCCCGGUUCAAGGUGAACUUCAAGCCGACGGAGGCGGCCACCCACUCGCUAUCGGUGCGAUUCAACGGACAUCCGGUGCCGGGUUCACCAUUCAGCUGUCACAUAGCCGCUGCAGCGGCAUCACCAUCGAUGGGACUACCACGAGCCAUGGCCAUGGGAGAAUGCCUCAAGCAGGCAGCCGUCAAGAUGGACAACACUUUUGAACUCGAGGGUUUCGAGGGUGUGGAGCCGCAAAUCUUUGUGACCUCGCCAUCGGGCGAUAAUGAACACUGUCAGUUGAGUCAGCACGAUGGAGGCAGUUACUCCGCAUCGUUCCGUCCCACGACUGUGGGUCGUCAUCUGAUCAGUGUGACUGCCAACGAUCAGCACAUUAACGGAUCCCCCUUCAGUUGCAAUGUUUUCGAUGUCUCCAGGGUGAGCAUCAGCGGACUGGAGCAGCAGUACGGACCAGCCAACUUGGGUGUUCCAGUGACCUUCAGUGUGGAUGCUGCAGGGGCUGGUGAGGGAACGCUGGAACUGGUGGUUUCCACGGACAGUAGCACUGUUAAGGCCGAGGUUGUGGCAUGUGCCCGUGGUCUCUACGAUGUGACCUUUGUGCCUCAGAGCACGGAACCCCACUACGUGAACAUCACUUUCAACGAGGUGGCCGUGGAUGGAAGUCCAUUCCGAGUGGACAUUCAGCAGCACACUCAACACAUUCAGAUUGGUAGUUUGGCAGCUAUUGAUUUCCCAGCAGACGAUCAGAUUGUUGAGAUCUUCUCACCCGAUCAGAAGUCUGUUCCGUACUCAAUAAACCGGCAGACAGCGGAGUUCCGGACCCACAUGACGGGCAACUACACGCUGCGCUUUAUAGAUCGCGAAACACGACAGCACAUUGGAUCCCGCACUCUGUGCGUCUUUGAUCCCACUCUGGUGAAGAUUACAGAGGUAAGCGAGGCCUACUGCCAUCGUCCAGCUAGCAUUGGAGUGUCCUUGAACGAAGCUGGCCAGGGAGAUCUGUCUGCCUUAGUGCGUUGCGGAGCUACCGAAGUGCCGCACACUAUCCGAGGACCUACUAAGUCCGGAGUGUACGAGAUAGUUUACCAGCCAACGCGUGUGGCUCCCCACAAGAUCAGCAUCCUCUUCAACGAAGUGCCCAUAUCGUUGAAGCCUCUGGAGAUCAAUGUCCUACCCGCUAGUGCUGGCAAGGAAAUCAGUGUCAGUGGAUUGGGAUUGUAUCAGUCUCGGGUGGGCAAAACCACUUCGUUUGCCAUUGACACGGUCAAAAGGCCAGCUAGAGAGUUCGAUGUGGUGGUUUCCGGCCCAGGAGGUCAGGCUUUGCCAGUGAGAUGCUAUCAGACGAAGAAUGGACACCUCCAGGCGGAGUUCACCAUCAACAAACCAGGACAGUGUGUGAUUGAGGUCCUCCACCAAUCAAAGCCUUUGCCUGGCAGUCCCUUCACCUGCGAGUCCUUCGACAGCAGCAAGGUCACCACCCAAGGAGUUACCAAGGAACCGCUGGCCCUUCAUAGUCCCAAUAGCUUCACCGUGCGUACGGAUAAUGCCGGAUCUGCGGAAUUGGAGGCCUUCGCCAUAUCGCCAAGCAAUCAAAGCAUUCCCGUUCUGAUUAGUGAGCAAACCGAAGGAGUCUACAACGUGGAGUUUGUGCCCUCGCAGCCGGGCAAUUACAAGAUGACCCUCAUGUAUGGAGGAGAGACAAUUCCCAGUUCACCCCUGAACUUUACCGCCUCGUCAAGUGGAGUAAGGAAUGAUGCCCGAGCAGCUGGCCAUGGACUGGAAGUAUGCCACCGGAACAAGGAGGCCUCCUUUGUGGUCUACUGUCCCAUUGCCCCAAAUGUCCAGAUAGAACGUUUGGACGAGUAUGGCGAAAGGAUAGAGCCCAAGAUUAAGGCUUUGGGCAACAAUGAGUGGCGCAUUUCAUACACAAUUCUCUCCGUGGGAAAAUACGAGAUCCGAGCCAGCUGUCCGAACAGGGGAAGCCUGCCGGGAUCUCCGUGGCAUAUCAGCUGCGUAGAGUCCAAUAAGGUUACACCUGUUGGUGGCUGGGGAACUCUGGUGGAUCAUGAUGGGCGACUGAUUCUCCCUGCAAGAAUCAUUUUCGAUGUGGAGAAUGCUGGACCGGGAAAGCUAGUUUGCAGCAUCGAUGGUAUCGAAAUACCUGUGGACAAGUUGGUCGAUGGAAAGAUGUGCCUAAAUAUCACUGGCGAGAAUCUGGCUGCCGGUGAACAUGAUUUGGACUUAACUUGGAGCGGGCUGACCAUCACCCAGUGCCCAAGGAGUGCCUUCGUCACGGGUCAACAAGCAGCGGAUAAGGUACAGCUUAUGGGUCGAGGUCUCGCUGCAGCUCAAGCUGGAGAAGUGGCCCACUUCACCAUCGAUGCUUCGAAUGCACCGGCUGGUAGACCCGAGGUUAUACUCACUAGCCAAGACAACACAUCGCUGCCAGUUAGCUUGGCGCAACCCAGGCCCAGCGAGAACAUAUGGAUGGCCUCUUAUACCCCUCUAAAAUCCACGACGGGCACUUUGAAUCUUUCCGUUAAGUGGAACGGUCGAUUAGUCAAGGGAUGCCCGCUGACGGUGGCCGUUGGCUCUUCGAUGGAUGCCACGAAGGUGAUUGCUUCUGGCGAGGGUCUACGUCAUGGUAUAGUCGGCAAGGACAUUAAGUCCUGGAUAGACACCAGGAGAGCUGGACCCGGCGAACUCACUGCCCAUUGUGCUGGAGUCCGCAAGGUGGCCUAUUGCGAACUGUACGAUCAUGGCGAUGCCACAUUCACCCUGAAUAUCAAGCCCCAGGAGCCAGGACGUCAUCUGUUGACCAUCAAAUAUGGAGGACAAAAUGUUCCGGGCUCUCCAUUCGCACUGAAAGUGGCCGGAGCACCGGAUGCCAGUAAGGUCCGCGUCUAUGGACCUGGAAUCGAGCAUGGGGUGCUGGCCACUUUCCAGUCUCGCUUUAUCUGCGACACUCGGGGUGCAGGAGCUGGUCAGCUUACGGUUCGGGUUCGUGGACCCAAAGGAGCUUUCCGCGUGGAGAUGCAGCGGGAGAGUCAGAAAGAUCGGACCAUACUCUGCAAGUACGAUCCAACCGAACCAGGCGACUAUCGAGUGGAGGUCAAAUGGGCGGGUGAAUUCGUGCCAGGAUCACCCUUCCCGGUCAUGAUCUUCGACACUGAGGAGGAGUUACGAAGAUUCUUACAGGGCAUAUGAGGCCAGCUGAACCACCAUGUCAUUGUCUUCCCCAGUGGCCUCAGCCCCCUGGCCAUGAACCGUGAUCAAGCGCGGCGACGAGCCCCAACUUGCUCUCCCCUCUAGAAACCCAUUCCCUUGUAGUAUAUAUAUUAAGCUAACACUGAGACCUAAAGAGUAAAAUGUUAUACUAAUCGAACUAGCUAACUUAAUCACAGAACGAACCGAAUAACUAAGCCCUUAGGUUAAUCCCAAACGAAGGCUUUCGCUUUUGAUUAUUUAUAGAUUUAAUAUGUUGAGCAAUGUAAAAACUUGCAAUUGGUUUAAUUAUUUAGCGUUGUAUGGAAUACAAAAAAUACACAUUUAAACAAA